CGUUGGGACAAUGGUGGUUGGAAGUGUUUUACCAAGCGUGAUGAUGGUGCAACCUGUUAUUAUGGUGGUUAUCUUGGUCUUUAUUAUUUUGGUCGUGUUGGUGGUGGUUAUCUUCAUGUGUGCUUAUGUGAUCGACACUAA